AUGUGGAAUCGCUUCUCAUGGGUUAUGGAAGCUGCUGCAAUCAUGGCCAUUGCUUUAGCCAACGGUGACGGGAAGCCGCUGGAUUCGCAAGACUUCGUCAGUAUCGUUUGGCUGUUGGUGAUUAACUCUAGCAUCUGUCUCAUUGAAAAAACAAUUCUUGUAAUGCUGCUGCCGCCGCCGUCCUUAUGGAUGGUCUUGCUCCCAAAACCAAGAGCUACGGCGGAUGAUGUGGAGAGUAAUGCGCUGGCUCCCGUUGAAGGGAUCGCGCUUUUCAAAAGCGAGCCCGUGACAAUGGGCCAGGAUGGAGGGGCUAGAGAAGCCUACCUCCAGCUAAUGGAAUUUGUAGUACUGGUUGAGAGAGCUUGCAAAGCAGAAGAGUUGGUUAAAGUGAAGAGAAAGACGGCUAUUGAGUCACGUGAUUUGAAGAAGAGAUAG